AUGACUGAAGAGAAUCCUUCUCGGAAGAAGCGUUGGGGGUUGUGGAAGCGAAGUCAUUCAAACCCCCGUUUGGCAGAGGAGGGAGGCCAGAGGGCAGCCAGUGAUUCUUCCUCUCUCCCGCCUUCAAGCAAUGGAUCUCGUAAAGGAAUAUCACGGAUUUUUCACAAGUCAUUUUACAAGUCUGCUCGAAGCGCUCGACAGUCCCCCAACCCUGAACCCACGGUCGCAAGUUCCAGUGGUAUCCCACCCGUCGAAACAAUUCAGGAUCCUUCACCUCUGGUCCCUUCCACUCUCAAACCGAAUCCUGACCAGUCUUCCAAUUCAGGCAUCGCAAAGGCGCAAUUACCACCUGAUACGACGCUUGUAACAGAAACGCUCGCACACGCCAAAACAGGUGUCGCAGGCAUCAGCCCUGUUCGAGGAAUUGUUCAAAAUACUGCUUCAACAAUCGGCGACCUACAGUCCGAUUCUGAUACGAUCAACCAGUUCUCCGCGAUUCUUAGUACCCUGAAGACGUUCCACGCCGUUGUUGACCAGAUUGCAAAUCUCCACCCCUAUGCAAAACUAGCAUUGACUAUCUUGACGCAAGCAUCCAAGAUGAUCCUCGAUCAGGCGAACCUGGAUAGUGCUGUGUAUGAUCUGCUCGAUAAGGUCUCGAAUGUGUAUGUCUCGGUGAUAGAAAAGAAGGCAUUGGCCAACAUUUCGUCCAUGAUUGAGAUAUACACAAAGAUAGCAGAACAUACGCUCAAGUGUGCGGAAUUCGUCGUGCAUCAUUCGGAGACGAAGAGUUUCGGGAAACGACUUGGCAAGCACGUCUUCAAGGACACGGAUGCUGAGAUUCGCAAUUACAGUGAUGCUCUCGAAGAUCUCAUGAAACAAUUCCAAUAUCAAGCGAUUGGUGAUGCCGUGAUCAUGCUGGCAGAUUCAGCCGAGGAUCGGGAUCUCAGGGACAUGGAGUAUGCAGCUCGUGCUGGACUGAAUACAUUCAAGUGUUGUCUGGAAGGUACUCGGAAAGAGCUUUUGACGGAGAUCAAGUCCUGGAUUGGCAGUACUGAGAAGGACGUGCCACGUGUCUUGUGGUUGUCUGGCACCGCAGGGAAAGGAAAAUUGGCCAUCGCCCAUACAAUAGCUAAAUGGUCUAAGGACUUCGGGGGUCUGGGAGCUUGCUUCUGCUUCGACCGUACACGAGACGCGGAUCGACUCCAUGAGAAGAUAUUCACCACAAUUGCACGUGACUUGGCUGACCACAAUCCUAUCAUACGGAGAGCGUUGGCACAUGCGCUUCACGAUCACAAUGAAUUGAAAUACACUGCAGACAUCGCCAGCCAGUGGCAGGAGUUGGUCGUGGGACCGAUACAAACGGCCUGGAAUAAUCAAGAUAUAGCUCCACCUGUCCUAAUUGUUAUCGAUGCAUUAGACGAGAAUCGUGACGCAACUUCGCAAGAACAGAUUCUUCGUUUACUUGCUGGAAAGCUGCGCGCUUCUUCGUUGCAGCUAACCAACCUUCCAGCAAACCUCCGUAUUCUCAUCACUUCUCGUCCACUCGGAGACAUUCGCGACAUCCUGGGCUCCACGCCACAUCUUCGUCAUAUUCCCAUAGAUGAUAUUCCGACUGCGUCACAUUCGCCUUUAUAUCUCCGACAAGCUAGCCGGUCUACGUGA